AUAAAUAAAAAAUGAUUAGGAUUAGGAAUAAUCGAUAGAGUCUGUCAAAAACAAAAGGAAUAAUAAAUAGAAAUGACCCUUUUCUGAAAAACAAAUAUAGAAAUGAUCCUAUCGAUUACAAUUUUCUCCAUAUUCUCACCGGAAAAAGGAUCAGCAAAUCCAAUGGCACCAUUCCGCCGUCCCGCAGGUAAAGCUUGUCACUCGUAAGUUUCUCUCUCGCAUCGCAUGUAUGCUUCUCCUUCAUUGCAAACAUUGAUUUCGAUUCACAUUGUCCAUUUCAACCUUUUAUUUAUAAAUAAAUCAAAUGCAUCUUCAACUAUAUAUCCAUGCAUGUGUUAUCGAUCGAAAGAAAAAACAUUAAAAAUGGGGAAAUCCGGAGGUAGUAGAAGAAAAAAAGCUACCGUUGAAACCGCAAAUCCCGUUACGCAUCCGAAUUCCUCAACGUCAUUCAAGACCACAUUGGAACCUCGUCCAGGCCCAAAGAAACAGAUUUCACCUCCCGAGCCCAAGCCCAAGCCCGAACCCUCAAAUGAAUCGGUUACAAUUACGUGGAGGCAGUUGAAGCUUGUUUACGAUCAUGACAUAAGGCUAGCACAAAUGCCAGUGAAUUGCAGCUUCAGAGAAUUAAGAGAUACAGUGAAGAAAAAAUUUCCAACGUCAAAUUCAGUUCUGAUAAAGUACAAAGAUAACGACGGUGAUUUCGUCACUAUAACAUCCACCGAAGAACUCAGAUCCGCCGAAUCUACCGUUAAUAGAAACGAUUCAGUUGGAACUCUGAAACUAAAUAUCAUCGAAGUUAGUCCCGAACACGAACCGCCUUUGUUCGAAGAAGAAGAAGAAGAAGAAGAUAAACAAAAAUGUGUAGUUUGUGUUUUGGAUGAAAAAGUUGGUAAUGAUAGAGUAGAAAUUGAUGAUUGGUUGUAUCAAUUCUCUCAGUUAUUUCGAUCACGUGUCGGUGUUGAAAUCGAAUCUAUUAAUUUGCAUGAGUUAGGGUUGGAGUUUUGUUCAGAGGUACUUGAAGAAACAUUGACUAGUAAUGAAGCUCAAGAUUUGUUUGAUAAAGCUGCAUUUAAGUUUCAAGAGGUUGCUGCUUUGGCGUUUUUCAAUUGGGGAAAUGUUCAUAUGUGUGCAGCUAGGAAGAGUGUUAAAUUAGAUGAGAAUGAGAAUGAGAAUGAUGUUGUGGUAAUGGAAGAAUCAGAAUUUGAUUUUGUUAAGGAAAAGUACUAUUUGGCGAGAGAAAAGUAUGAACAAGCACUUGUGAUUAAACCUGAUUUUUAUGAGGGAUUAUUGGCUCUUGGGCAACAACAAUUUGAAUUGGCUAAGCUUCAUUGGUCUUUUGGUAUGGGUAAUAAGAUGGAUUUAGGUAAAGAGACGCUUUUGCUUUUCGAUGGUGCUGAGGAGAAGAUGAAAGCUGCGAAUGAUAUGUGGGAGAGGUUCGAAGAAGAAAAACUCGGUGUUGAGCAAGUAGGUGUUGGUAUGAGAUCGCAGAUUCAUCUUUUUUGGGGGAAUAUGUUGUUUGAAAGAUCACAAGUGGAGUGUAAAUUGGGAAUGAGUGAUUGGAAGAAAAAAUUGGAUGAUGCUGUUGUUCGGUUUAAGAUUGCUGGGGCUUCUGAGGCCGAUGUUUCGACGGUUUUGAUGAAGCAUUGUUCGAGGGUUGGAGAAGUAAAAGGAUCAGCAAGAAUGAACAAUUCAAUCAAACUGAUGAAAUAGAGAACAAUGGAUCAUCAAGUUUUGUUCUGGAUACCUUUUUAAACAGAAAUUCAAAAUUUUGGAUAGUUAUACUGCUGUUUUUCCUUGAAAUUGCCCCAAGUUAUAUUAACUUUAUAACUGAGUUUGCAAUAAUCAAUUUUACACACCAAAGAUUAGUCUAUGUUCUUGUUCUCUUGCUGUCAUGAAUGUGUUGUUGCAAAUUGUUGUUCCCAUACUAUCUUGAAAAAGUUUAUUUGAUUAUUUAUUCCAUCAAAA